AUGGUUUCCUUAGAGAAGGCUUCCAAAAGAUCCCAAGCUUCUUUCGCCGACAUACACUCUUGCACCAUCGUGAACAGAUCCAUCGACAAGCCAAACGCCCAACCUCCAAACCGAGCUUCGCUUGCGAUAACCGUUAAGGAACCCCCAACGAAGAAACAAGCAACCGCGACAAAUGUGUAUGCCUUAGGAUUAGAACCAGCCCAACCUUCAGGACCCCAGAAAGGUCCUAUAACAGGAACUUUACUGGUGGGUGGUAGUCCCACGCAUGUAUUGUUCGACUCUGGGGCGACCCACAAUUUUGUGGCAACUGAAGUGGUCGACCAGUUUAAGAAAGGUUUUGGGGAAGAGGAAGUGAACGUGGUUGUUCACACUGCCGAGAAUCAACCGCCGUUGAUAGCCCAAAGAAUGCUGAAAAGGGGUUCAGUAUUUGUGAGUGAUGUGAAUUUGCCGGCGAAUCUUCUGGUUAUGCCGAUGGAAAGAUUUGAAGUCAUCUUGGGUAUGGAUUGGCUAUCAGGGUAUGAAGCGUUUUUGGACUGCAGUAAGAGCAGAGUGGUAAUGGAAAGAAGAGGGCAGACACCUCUAGUUUUUCAUGGGAUUAGCCCGAGUAAAUGGGCGUAUUUUGCAUCAGCCUUGCGAGUUGGGAACUCAAUUGAUGAGAAGAGCGUCUAUCUAGUCACUCUUACCGCUGUUGGUGGAGAUGACAUGAAAUACUUGAAGGUCAAGGAGAUUAACACGGUUAGGGAAUAUGAGGCCGUAAUCCGACCAUUGGAAGGGUUACCUCCACAACGAAGUCAUCCUUUCACUAUUAAUCAGGAGCCGGGUGAUACCCCAAUUGCGAAAGCCCCGUAUCGAAUGGCCCCAGCUGAGUUAGCGGAACUCAAGACGUAG